AUGGAAUAUCCUCUGGUUGGUUUACCUGAUAAACUCAAAUUAUGGUUGUGGGUGUGGGAGGAGGUACAAGAACGUUUAAAAUUAAAAAGAAAACUACAACGAAAUCGAACUUCAUUUACACAAGAACAAAUCGAUGCUUUAGAACAAGCGUUCAAUAGUUGGCACUAUCCAGAUGUAUAUGUACGUGAAAAAUUGGCGACUAAGAUUAGUCUACGGGAAGCUGGAAUACAAGUAUGGUUUUCGAAUCGUCGGGCAAAAUAUCGUCGCGAAGAUAAAGUGAAAGACUGA